CAAUAGCUGAAAGCUUGGCCAAUGGAGUACUGCCCUACUUCGCCCUUUUGGCUCGGCCUCCUCCUCCCGGCACUUCUAUUCUUCCUUCUCAACCGUUGGAAGCGCACCAAGCUCCCCCCUCAGCCCCCCGCAUGGCCCGUGAUCGGCAACAUCCUCGACCUCGGGAUCAUGCCGCACCAGAACCUCCACAGCUUCCGAGCCGAGCACGGGCCUGUCACGUGGUUGAAGCUCGGUUCCGUGAACACCAUGGUGAUCCAAUCAGCUCAGGCCGCCGCAGAGUUCUUCAAGGGCCACGACUUGGCAUUCGCGGACCGCAAGUGUCCCCAUGCAUUGACGGCUCUCGGCUACGACCAAGGCUCGCUCGCCGUGGGUCGUUACGGCGGCUACUGGCGCGUUCUCCGACGUCUCUGCUCUGCAGAGCUCCUCGUGACCAAGCGCAUCAACGAGACGGCCCAUCUCAGGCAGAAGUGCGUCGACAGCAUGAUCGGGUAUUUAGAGGAAGAAAUGGCAGCUAAACAAGUAACAACAGAGCAAGGAAUCGACUUAUCCCGCUUCCUCUUUCUCCUGGCAUUUAAUGUGGUGGGCAACAUGGUUCUCUCGCGAGAUUUAUUGGACCCAAAAUCAAAGGACGGGGCCGAGUUCUAUGACGCCAUGAACCGGUUCAUGGAGUGGGCCGGCAAGCCUAACGUAGCCGACUUCAUGCCGUGGUUGAAAUGGUUGGACCCGCAGGGGAUCAAGGCAAGCAUGGCGAAGGACAUGGGUCGAGCCAUGAAGAUUGCUGAAGGUUUUGUAAAGAGAGGUUGGAGGAGCGAAAGCUCAGGGGAGAGAUGGGAACGACAAAUGACUUCUUGGACGCGUUAUUGGAUUAUGAGGGUGAUGGAAAAGAAGGCCCUCGCAAAAUCUCUUCCCAGAACGUAA